AUGUCUGAUGAAUCGAGUCGCACGCUCCUCCCGCGGCCGGGAGUGAUGCCUGCCUCGUCGACCAUGUCGUUACGGAGCUACAGGGCCAUUAAAGUCGACAAACCGUUAAGGCACGAUACAAAGUCUUAUGUGUCUUACUACCUGCCCAUUCUACGCUGGCUGCCAGAGUAUUCCUGGGGGAAAAUGGCGAAGGACAUGCUUGCUGGGCUGACGCUGACGUCAUUCCAGAUACCGCUGGCCAUUUCGCUGACCACUAUGGCACAUGUGUCACCAUACGCAGGGCUGUACGCACUGGUGAUCCCCCCACUGAUAUAUGCAGUCUUCGGCAGCGUCCCGACGAUGGUUGUAGGGCCGCAGACGGUUGCGUCCCUUGUGGUGGGCCAGAGCUGCGAUGCAUGGGCGCACAAGUCGCUUGAACCGUUGAUGACCGUUGCGGUUAUCGGAUGCAUAUCAGGGGUCCUGGUGUUCGCCAUGGGCAUCUUCAGGCUCGGUUUCAUCGACAAUGCAAUCUCAAAGGCCUUUCUGAAAGGUUUUACCUCUGCGCUGGCCGUCGUCAUGCUGAUCACAGAGCUGCUACCUCAGCUGCAGAUAGACGACAGGUACAAGCAGGCCCUGAAGGAGGGGAAGGUUGGAUCGGCAGCCUGGGACAAGCUGGUAUUCGCCUUGGAAAAUGCAAGAGAAUACUCAAAUCCCUUCAGUGUCAAGCUUUCGGUGGCAGCGUUUUCGAUCUUACUGCUCUCGAAAUAUCUCAAGAAGUACCUGACUGCCAAGUAUGGCUGGACCAAACUAACGUUUUUUCCGGACCUCUUGCUUGUAGUUUUGGGGUCCAUCCUACUGAGUUUCUACUACGACUGGGAUAAUAAGUACAACCUGCCGAUUGUCGGAGAUCUACCACCGAACAAGGAUCAUAUCAAGGUUCCCAUCCAGUCGUUCCAGGAAUUCAAAGACUUAUUCGAUGCGUCUUUCCUAGUUGCGAUCUUAGGUCUGUUCGAGUCCGCGACUGCGUUUAAAUCCAUCAGCGCCACCUUCGAUAUUGAUGUGUCCUCGAACCGCGAGCUUGUGAGUUUGGGUUUGAUUAAUAUCGUCGGGUCCGUUUUCAGUAGCUUGCCAGCCUUUGGUGGCUAUGGCAGGAGCAAACUCAACAUUUUCUGCGGCGCGCAGACGCCGAUGGCAGGUAUAUUCGUUUCACUUUCCGCCAUCUUCUGCAUGCGAUUCCUAAUGGGAGUCUUUCAUUACCUGCCCCUGUGCAUCCUUGCAGUCAUAAUUUCAUUUAUUGCAUACAAUCUACUUGAAGAGGUUCCAGGAGACAUGUUCUUCUAUUGGUCGGUCAGUGGUUACCAAGAACUGAUCACAUUUAGUGCCGUCGUGCUGAGCACGCUAAUAUGGUCACCCCAGUUCGGACUUGUGAUGGGGCUCGGCCUGACCAUGAUAAGACUACUGAAGCAUACUACGCAAUCUCGGAUACAGAUACUUGGCAAGGAUCCCAUCACCAAGAAAUUCCGUAAUAUUUAUUCGGAGCAUAAUGAGGAAAUCCCUCUAGAAGAGAUUGAAAAAACCAUGGUGAUCAAGGUUCCAGAGCCACUCGUCUUCUGGAACGUGCCAGAUCUUAUGAAAAAGGUUAAACGGCUGGAAAAGUACGGCUCCCUGUACGUUCACCCUUCUUAUCCAACCUCUCUCCGUCCUGUUUCAGGAGUCACCACUCUGAAGGACAACGUUUACGUGAAGUACAUUAUCAUGGACCUGCUGGGCAUGACUUACAUCGACAUGUCUGCACUGCAAGCGCUGGUCGACAUGGUGGUCAAUUACCACAAGAGGGGCAUUUAUGUUAUCUUUUGUCGGUCAUCGAUUCGUGACCUGAAGAACAAAUUCGAUAAGAGCGGCAUUACCAGACUGCAGGCAGACUUCAUAUCGAGGCAAUUACUGUACCAGGAGGGUAUCCCACAUGACCAUUUGCAGUUCUUGAAGCUGGGCCUUUACGGCAGUGUGGACGAGGCCGUAACUGCCGUGGAUAUGUUAGAAGUUCUGAGUAGUACCAGUUCUGGAACGGCGCAAAACGGCAGGAUGGCUUAG